CAGAAAUGGAAACUGAGUAACCAAAUAUUCAGUACUAUCGCAUCUUUAUUAUAAAAUAUUAAAUAUUAAUAUCUAACAACACGUUCAAUAUGAAGCUUGUGAGAUUUUUAAUGAAAUUAAGCCAUGAGACGGUUACUAUCGAAUUAAAAAAUGGUACACAAGUGCAUGGUACAAUUACAGGUGUUGAUGUCGCUAUGAAUACUCACUUGAAAUCAGUCAAAAUGACUAUAAAAAAUAGAGAUCCUGUUCAACUUGAAACACUUAGCAUAAGAGGAAAUAACAUAAGAUAUUUUAUUUUGCCUGAUAGUCUUCCUCUUGAAACCUUACUUAUUGACGACACACCAAAAUCCAAAUCUAAGAAGAAGGAAAAUAAUCGAGCUGGCAAUAGAGGACGAGGUAGAGGAUCUCGUGGAAGAGGAGGUACACGAGGGAGAGGCAGAGGUAGAGCUACCAACAGACGUUAAUUUAAUUCAACAUUACUUUGAAAUGGUUUUUAUUUAAUGUAUUUGAAAACACUGAUCAAAAUAUAUCAAAGCAUUUACAUUUUGGAA